AUGCCUUCACUCGAGCUGCGGUACACUUACGUGCAGCGUGUGCAGCCAGACUUACUCGGCGCCCACCUCGAGGCCUACAUUGAGCUUCUACCAGUGACCCAGGCUCUGCGUCUGUGCAAUCGUUUCGGUAAAGGCGACAAGGCAUUCAUCACCCGCAUUCCUGUCGAGAUCGUCACCCGCAUUGCAGAUAUCCUCGCGCAAGAGGAGCGCGAUGACUUGAGCGGAUCAUGGACGUGCCCGAAGUGGUGCUUCAUGGGUAUCUGUGACCCAAUCGACCAUUACACCCCUGAAGAGGUGCAACGACUCCGUGGGUUCUUCUCGGACACUGAAGAUGGGCCGAAGGCGAGCAUCCCGGAGAGCGCUCCAGAUGCGGACGACUUAGCGGUGCUGAAUGAGCAGAUGGUCGAGUCCAUGUCGUGGGACGACGUCUUGCCCGGUGUUCGGAGCUGGCGCACUCUCCAUGACGAAGACUGCAGACAGUGGACCAAUCUCGUAGGCGAGCCGGGUUCAUGCUAUCGCGGCUUUUUCGAUGAGAAUGCCGACAUUGUUCGAAACCACUUCGGGCUCGAUGUAUGGGUUGCCCACCAAGUGCAUGACGAGAAAUGGUACGACGAAGACUUCGUACAAAGUACGCUCACAUACUUAACCCUGCCGACGAAGGGGCCCGCCUACUACGAAUGGUCUCAUCGCAUCGCUGGGAGUGAAUGCAGCGUCAGGCUACCGACCGAGAACUCUAUCGAGGUCAACAUGCCGCCACCGUCCACGAGCGAGAAGUCACUGGCAAGGUUUUCACGCGCCGUCAAGAUUCUGGGCUUAGAGCAUGCUGUUCUCGAGCCAAAGUCAGGAGCCAAAGGUAACGGCGCUUCAGACAGCGAGUCUGAAGAGAGUAAAGACGGUGGGAAGGUCGCGCCAGUGCUGCGACUGCUCGCUGUCAGUAAGGACGAUUCAUCGGCUGAGGAGAUAUAG